GGCGGCGGCGCUGAGGGCCCGCGGCUGAGGGAGGCCGUGUGCGGAACAUGGCAGAGAAGCAGAAGCACGACGGGAGGGUGAAGAUCGGGCAUUACGUGCUGGGGGACACCCUGGGCGUCGGCACCUUCGGCAAAGUGAAGAUUGGAGAACAUCAAUUGACAGGCCAUAAAGUGGCAGUUAAGAUCUUAAAUAGACAGAAGAUUCGCAGUUUAGAUGUUGUUGGAAAAAUAAAACGAGAAAUUCAAAAUCUUAAACUCUUUCGUCAUCCUCAUAUUAUCAAACUAUACCAGGUGAUCAGCACUCCAACAGACUUUUUCAUGGUAAUGGAAUAUGUGUCUGGAGGUGAAUUAUUCGACUACAUCUGUAAACAUGGGCGGGUUGAAGAGGUGGAAGCUAGGCGACUCUUUCAGCAGAUUCUGUCUGCUGUGGAUUACUGUCACAGGCACAUGGUGGUUCACCGGGACCUGAAGCCAGAGAACGUACUGCUGGAUGCUCAGAUGAACGCUAAGAUAGCUGACUUUGGAUUAUCUAAUAUGAUGUCAGAUGGUGAAUUUCUACGAACUAGCUGUGGUUCUCCAAAUUAUGCAGCCCCUGAGGUCAUCUCAGGAAGGCUGUAUGCUGGUCCGGAGGUUGAUAUCUGGAGCUGUGGCGUUAUCCUGUAUGCCCUUCUGUGUGGCACCCUCCCCUUUGAUGACGAGCAUGUGCCUACACUUUUUAAGAAGAUCCGCGGGGGUGUGUUUUAUAUCCCAGAAUAUCUCAACCGUUCUGUUGCCACUCUACUGAUGCACAUGCUACAGGUGGACCCCUUGAAGCGGGCAACUAUCAAAGACAUCCGAGAACAUGAAUGGUUUAAACAGGAUUUGCCCAGUUACCUAUUUCCUGAAGACCCCUCCUAUGAUGCUAACGUCAUUGAUGAUGAAGCUGUGAAAGAAGUAUGUGACAAGUUUGAGUGUACAGAAUCAGAAGUAAUGAACAGUUUAUAUAGUGGUGACCCUCAAGACCAGCUUGCAGUAGCAUAUCAUCUUAUCAUUGACAAUCGGAGAAUAAUGAACCAAGCCAGUGAGUUCUACCUCGCCUCUAGUCCUCCAACUGGUUCUUUUAUGGAUGAUAGUGCCAUGCAUAUUCCGCCAGGCCUGAAACCACAUCCUGAAAGGAUGCCACCUCUUAUAGCAGACAGUCCCAAAGCACGGUGUCCAUUGGAUGCACUGAACACAACUAAGCCCAAAUCUUUAGCUGUGAAAAAAGCCAAGUGGCAUCUUGGAAUCCGAAGCCAGAGCAAACCGUAUGACAUUAUGGCCGAAGUGUACCGAGCUAUGAAGCAGCUGGAUUUUGAAUGGAAGGUAGUGAAUGCCUACCACCUUCGAGUAAGAAGGAAAAACCCAGUGACUGGCACUUACGCGAAAAUGAGCUUGCAGCUCUACCUGGUUGACAAUCGGAGCUAUCUUUUAGACUUUAAAAGCAUUGAUGAUGAGGUGGUAGAGCAGAGGUCUGGUUCUUCAACACCUCAGCGCUCCUGUUCUGCUGCUGGCCUGCACAGACCAAGGUCAAGUUUUGAUUCCACCACGGCUGAGAACCACUCACUUUCUGGUUCUCUCACUGGCUCUUUGACGGGAAGCACGUUGUCCUCAGCUUCCCCCCGCCUGGGCAGUCACACCAUGGACUUCUUUGAAAUGUGUGCCAGUCUGAUCACUACUUUAGCUCGUUGAUAAUCUACCACUGGUUUCUGUCUUUCUGUUACUGCACUGUGAAAAUCACAUACACUCUUUAAAUUAUUAUCUCACUUUUGGGUAUUACAUACUCUGCAAUAUAAUUUGAUGUGAAUAUUCCCAGGUGACACGCAGUGUAUUGGAAUUACCGAAAACAUAAAAGUCUGUCAUUUUGUUUACUUUUAGAACUAUUAUUCUACUGUGCCUAUGAUAAAUUCGAGUAGGUAGUAGUACCUUUAAUGGAUGAAUGUUGAUGUUUGCUAGUUUAUACUUGUGAGUUCACUAGCACACUUCACUGAUGAACCAGCUAACUUAGGAGAGGUUUGGUGGUACCUCCUUCCUUCAUGUUUAGUGCAUAGAAAUUCAGUUUGCUUCCUAAGUUUCAGAAGGUGUUAGACUAUCUAGCCACCCAGCUUUCUUGCACAAAAAGAUUAAUAGAAUAAGUGUUAGUCAAAUAUUAUUUAAGUGUAGAAAUCUGAAAGCCCUGUCCCUCUAAAUACCAGAAACUAGGUUCUUUUAAUGGUUUCUGCAAAUACUGCCUAAUAUUAGCCAGGAAGACUGUGUUUCUGUUAACAGAUGCCCAGUCUCCAGGCUUCUUAACAUUUGUGCAAGGCCUUUCGUUAAAUCCACCACCAAGCAAGACAAAAUCAUGCAAAAAUAGUACACAGUUAAAUGAAAUAAGGCAAAAUACCAACAGCCCCUUGAAGGAAUUCUACUCUGACCCUCUGUUUCGUGUCUGUGAGCCUGGGGUAUGUUGGGAGGGCCAGGAGGCUAUGGCCCUCUGAGAUCUUUGCUAAUCCACCUAGGUUUAAGUUGUUAUUGAUGCCUCCUCCUUCCUUAAUAACCAUUGUCUUUGUUCAUUGUUUUUUAAUCUUUUGGUUGAAAACCGUGCUUUGUCCCUAGGACCUGUGUGUACUUCCAAAGCAUAUCUGCUGUGACUUUCUCUAUUGAAUCUGAUUGGAUAGGGAAGCCUUAAUCAUUUAAAAGUAUAGUCUCCUAGAAUAAGUGUAUGUGUUGUUUACAUAUAUACAUGUAUGUAUUGACACAUCAGUGCUUUCAAUCAAAAAGAACCAAACUUUUUUGUGCAAGUUUUUAAAUUUAAGAUAAAACACUAUCUAGCAGGAUAAAGUUAAUUGGUUAUAUUUUAUUUUAGUAAAAGUAUUUUAAAAUUAUGUAUAAUUUAUCUAAUAAUGUAUUUAUUCAUUUAUUGUAUUUAUGUUGUGAUUAACAAAUCAUUGACCUGCUUUACCCUAGAAAAUAUUAAGCUCUUGAUAAUGAAAGCAACAUUGCCUUGACAGGUUUCUCUUCACCAAAAAUGUUUUGUUUUCUAUCUACCAAGAAGAGCAAAUGAUAUAGCAUUAGACUAAAUUUCUCAUGUGUUUGUGGAAGACUAGUUUGUCUCUCUUUAAAUAGCUUUUUGAAUCAUGAGUUUACAUCAUAACACAUCAGAUAAUUUUGUAGGUUUUUUUGUUUGCUUGUUUUUAGAAAAUGAUGGUCAGUACUUAUCACUCCAACUUCUCAAUACCAAAAUAAAAGACCUUUGUUCUCCAGUUUGAGAAAGUGGGUGGUGUACAAUUAAGGUAGCCUAGGUUUUUAAUCUUUGAAAGAUUGCCAUCUUGUGGCAAUAGACAGUAAUUCUUAGUAGUUAUUUUAAUAGCAAUACUUAGUCCUGUUUUGUCUAAUGGUUUAUGGAUGUGGCAUAAUUUUGGCUUCUCCAAAUGUGUACAUAUCCCUUUUUGUGUGUAAGGGGGAAUACCACUUCAUAAUAUUUGCCUAAUUAUAAAUGAAAGACUUUGAAAUAAGGAACUGAUUGGAUUCCUUACCUCUAAUAACAACAUCCACAACAGUUUGAAGGCAGGAAGGAUGCCAGAAUGCUCUCUUAAGUCUAGUGAAUUUGAUGUUAGAAGCUUGCAAAUAGCAAAAUUAUUUUCUUUGAUUGGUUAUGAUGCUAUUCAAGAGCAAAAAAAGAUUUACUAUUUCUUAUUUGUUCCAGUGUUUAUGAAUACCCAGGUUGACAAUUACCUGUUGAAUUUCAGGAGAACUGAAGGUCAUCAUUUUGUUUCUUUUAACAUCUUAAAACAUAAUUGUUUUGUGAAUCUAGGUGAUAGAGUAAAUUGGUUUGCAGAGAUAAUUAAGUGACUCAUCUAGCAAAAUAGAAGCUAGGACUUUGUCAUAGCAUGUUUUUUUUUGUUUUUUUUUUUUUUUUGUUGCUGCUCUUGGCAACAGAGAAGGAAAGAUUUCUCUCCAAAUUUAAAAUUUCCACAUUUCAGUCAACGAUGGAUGUAGUAGGCAGUGAGUUAAGAGCAGGCUCUCCCCUUGGAUCCCAGGGGGAAUUAUUGUUAGGUUAUAGGUGUGGGCCUUGUUUAUGCCCUGGGAAUGGAUCCCCACUUGGUUCUAAAAUAGUAUUUCCUGAAACAAAGAAAUCCCAUGGAAUAAUUUUUGGAAAACAUGUGUUCUGCUCUGCACCUUACAGAGGACAGUGGGCAUUAGCACUAAAGACUUGGGUAAGUUCUUUCACAAAAAGCAAGCCACAUAACCAUGUGUAACCCUACAUUGCCCAAACCAGUUUAUUGUUUGAAACGAUCUGCUGAAUAUGGCUGUUACCUGUAAUUCCACUGGGGAGCAUGAGGCAGGGAGAGACUUGGAGGCCAAACUAGACUAGAGGGAUAGCAAGACCCUUAACAUUCCUUAAGAAGGUGUGGAGAACAAUUGUCCCUGAGGGCCACAGCCAAUGUGACACUGAAAUCAGCACUUCUCCCCUUUCAUGUGCUGUGGACAGCCUGAUUCAAAUUUGGAACCACUCCAUUUACCAUGCAGACAUGUUCAUCCUGAGGCUGCAGCUUGUAUCACAUGUUGGGUUUCUUAAUCAGAUUGGUAUUUUUAGGUAGAACUUCUUUUUUUCUCUUAAUGGAUGACUAAAAAGUGUUAGACUAGGUUACCAGAAGAAUAAGAGACCAGUGACUUGCUGUUAGGGUUCCAUGGAGAACCAAUCAGCUUUAAAUCAUUCUUCUAUGGCCACUGAACAUUUUCUAAGUACUUUUAUCGAGGAAACCAAAAUUGAAGCUGUCUCAAUUAAAUCCACAGAGAGAGACAAAAGCAAACCAUUCACAAGUUAGGGUUUUGUUCUGAUGAAGAAACCAUUUUAGGGCCCCUUGCAACAUCUGGUCAUCUGCAGAGAGAACCCAGGGGCCUAAGCUAAGCAGAAAUAUAUGUGCUUGUGUCAGGGAAUUGGCUUAUGCAGCACAGAAAUUCUUUACUUUAUGCAAAUAAGUCUUCAAAGAUCCUUAUGUAAGUCUCAAUAUACUUUUUCCUUAACUAGUUUGUACUCAGGGAAUAUAAAUUUAAUACUUGAGAUAAAAUGAAAUAUAAUUGGAAAAUAAUCAUAAACAACCAAAUCAGACUUUUUAAAUACUGCUUUAUCUGUUAAUAUGUAUGCAUGCUCAGUUAAUGUGGGCUCCACAUUGAUGUUUAUAAGAUUUAACAGCCUGGAACAUACCUACCACAGACACUGCAGUUCUGUCUGUCCACUGGUUAAUAAGUUAAAUUCCUGGUGUGGAGUCUCAUAUCUAAAUUUGAGAUCUGCUCAUAAACCAGACAUUUUGUUUGGUUUAAAGGUCUGAAACUCUUCAGUCUGGCCUAUCUCUGCCUGUUACCUUUCCUUCAGUUACUCCAUGGCUUUCAAGUAGGGAUCAGGACUUCAGUACUUCUCAGCAACUAUGUUGAAAAGUUUGGGUGAAGGCUAUGUUCAUCUCUUAGUAAGUUUAAUCUUGGAUUUGGACUCAAUUUCAAAACCCUAAAAUGCAAGGGAUAGAGAAAAGAGCUUAGUUUCCCUUUGAGCUUGAAAGUUCUGACUUGUUUAUUUCCUCAGAGAAUUUGUGUUAGUGUCUACUGUUUAUGUACUUGUUUUUUUUUAUAUCAGUAUGAAUGUUCUUUCUUAGUUUGAGGCAUUUUAAAGGUGUAUACACCUGUAUUAUUCUAAAAACAGCUACUUGGACUACUGGAAUGCAAAUGGCAAAAACAUCAGCAAAUCAAAAGCAUCACAUGAAUUUAGCAUUAACCAGAAGAUGGCUAGCUAAUACAUAGUGGUGGCAGUGCUAAUACACUUCCUUCCAGUAACCAGUCCAGUGAGCAGGAACAGCAGUCUCUCCAUAAGUCAUGAGUGCCAUACAUGGAUUCAUUGGUGACCAAGCGUCCUUUGUAACACUUCACCUUUCUUUUGGGCUGAACAGUUUGAGUUUGUGAAAAUCUGAUAGGCAAGUAAUAAAAAUAAACACUGGUGUAUUGCUUAUAAGUCCUGGAGUGACAUACAGUAGUUGUGAUUGAAUAUAUCUAGUUUAAUUAUAGCAGCUAGUUGAUUACACUAACUAGAUGUAAUUAUGUGAAAUAUUUAUGAUUAUAUUGAUUUUUGUAAGUAUUUAUAAGUUAUUGAGGGUGCUUAAAAUCUAGAAAAAUCUAGAACAUAAUUUUUUCUUCAAUUUUAUUUAUGUGAUUUUGGGGGUAUGGGGAGUUUUGUACUGGGAAUUAAACCCAGGACUUCACAUGUGAAGCAAGUGCUUGUCCACUGACCUAAAUCCCCUGUCCUUAUUUAUGUGAUACUGAAAAUUCUCCUGUAAAGAACCAGCCCAGUCCCUAUCUAAAUGAUCAUAGUUUGUGACUGUUAUCUGAAACAGGCUUAUCUAAAUUUCAUAUUGGUAAUUUUUUAUUUUGUACAUAAAUGAUAGGACACUAUUUUCAUAGAGUGUGUCUCUAUGAAUUACCUAAUCACUAUUGGCUUGAUAGAAAUUCUCUCAAACCUUUUAAAACUUGCAAAUGUAGCUUAAGGUAGUGAGCUUAAACUCACUCAUGUAUGUAUAUUUAGAUAUACAUAUAUGUUAUUUAAACAAGUAAGAUGCUUCUUUGCCUGCCUUUCCUUGAAUACUUAUGAUGCAGUCGAUGCCACCAAACAGUUAUACCAUGAGAAACAGGACCCACAGUCUAGACUGGAUUAAGUUCUGAUUAAACUUCUUCAGCCAUAACCUGAUGAGAAUCAGGUCCAUAUAGAUGUUAUCAGACUGGGAGCCUGUAUUUUGUGAGCCAACGUUAAUGUUUACUGGCAGCCUUGUAUAACAAUGCUGUUUGUGACUGCAUGUGACUUUUGGUAACUAUAGUUUAUAUUUAAAAGCAGUUCAAAUUUUAUAGUGGCCAUUCAUGAUAAUUUGGAUAAGCAGGGUGGGUAAAUUGAAUUAUAUUUAAAGUGCAAUUAAGGAAAUUCUAGGGUGUAAUAUUCUCUCCAGUUUAAAAAAAAAUAGUUAAGGAUUUGUAGAAUGUCCUAGAAUGAAGAAAACUUUGAACAUAGACUUUAAAAAAAAAAUAAGGUUUAUACAGUGAUUUUUUUAAAUUCAAGAUUUGCUACUUUGUGUUAAUUUAAAGUUUCAAAGCGAAACAGAAUCUUCCUAGGAAAGAAUUGCAUUGUUAUUUCUCGCCUGCUAAUCUAAAUGUGCAUUUUCACAGCUGAAAGUCUCUUGUAAAUAAGUUUUGUUACCAAAUGAAGCCCAUUUUUGGAGAUGGCGAACAUUUUCCUAGAAUGGAAGAGACAUAGACCCACUGUCUACACAAAGAAAGAAACAGUACCUGGUGCCUUCUCAAAUAAUUGCAGAGUAAAAGCAAACACACAAACUCCAUUUUCUUUUGAGUUCUCUGUCUCCCUGUGACCUGCCCCACAAAUGAUCACAAAUAGUGAUUUGCUUCUGCCUUUUCAAUCCUGCUUCACACAGUCACCACCGGCAGUUGUUCACUGAAUAGAGUUUCUGUUUCACUUAUUUCACCUUUUAAAGCCACCUGGGCAAAUAUUUGGCUGCCGUCUUGUGCUUUUAAAAUAAAUGCAAUUAUAUUUUAAAGUUUAUAAAGGAAAGAAAUGCAGAGCUAAAGACCUAAUCUAAUUGAAAUCCUGUUCCCUGUUUGCUACUGUAGCAGCACAAGUUAUGUAACCUUGUGUAAUUUUCUCUUGUACAAAAUGUGGAUAAUAACCUACCUCACAGAUGUGUGUGAGAAGUCGUUUGAAAGCCCGGAAGUAGGGGUUUAUAGUCCCAUAUUCAAUGUCAAUCUUUGCUGUUUUACUAGACACCUUUGAUACUGGUAGGAUGAGUACCUUGUUUUUAGAUGUAUGUAAUAAGAGCGUAGUGCUGAGAAUGUUUAAGACACAAUUUCAUAAAUUAUAGUGUUCUUGUUGUAAGACACUUAAAAUUUCUUGGAAACCUCAAAUAUUUAAAGCCUGUCUUUUGUUUCAAUAAAUAUUGUUAUUCAGAAUGUUGGCUGAAGCUGCCUUAAUGUACCAAAAUACAGAUUUCUGUCAAUACUGUCCACAAAUACCCAUGGUUGUACUGUUUUGAGUGUUGACUGUGAAGCUGUCAUAACUAUGACCUUGAAGGAUAGUAUUUUGGGAGUAAUGGUGUUGUCAUCAUGUUUAACGAUUAUACAGUGAUUCUUGAGUGUAAACAAUAAAAUUGAAAGUUGGCAGAUACUAGGUUAUGUGUAUGAUCAUAAUAUAUCAUGAUUAUUGGAAAGUAAUUAUUUGAUUUGUUUUCAGGAACACCAUGCAUUCAUUCUUAACCUGUAAAGUAGUCCCAUAAUGUAUUAAUGUAUUAGCUCAUUGGUACACUGCUAGAGUAUGUUUCUAUUGAAGAACAUUGUUAAAUUGUUGAAAUGGAACUACAUUUGUAUAGUUUGUUUCAGAACAGAAGACAACAGACUCACAGUGAUUUUGUUUAACUAUAGAUUCUACUUUCAGUUUUAUUUGUUAUGCAUUUUUGUGAGUUAAAUGAUUGGUGGGAAGGAUUUAUCUUGAAUAACCAUGUAGAAAAGAUUAGUGAAUUGCAAAGCAUUUCAUAUUUGCAGGUUCUGUCUAAUUAAUGUUUGCACUGUAUGGAACUCAUUGGCAACAAAUGCAAGAGAAAAGUGGCCUAUCUGAUUAUGUGUCUGCAUUUUCCACAAAGUCAAAUUAAAAUCUGGUUAAUUUGAAAGCUA